CCAGAUCGCUGUUGUGACGCCGUGUGUUGCCGCCGGAUCCGUGGUGGGAUCCGUUGCGGAGGAGGCCAUGUGCGAAAUGAUGAUGCAACCGCUGAUGAAGCCCUUGCGAAUGGUGGGCGAUAUGUCGCUGGCGGAGUUCAAUGGCCUGCUACAGAAGGCGGAGGGCCGGGAUAAGCUAGCACGAAUCUUCCAGUAUUCUGCGCGGCUGCUGGUUGGCAGUGCGGCAUAUUUGCAGCCCACUGCCGGAACCCUGCUGGCCAGACUGGAAGGACAUGCCAGGACAGUGAUGGUCCAGCUAGCGAGCGCUCGACGAACUCAUCGCUGGAUGAAGGAGCUGCCUGUGAUACAAAACCUGCCUCAGUCGUUCAAGAUAGCUGAUCCAGUCGAACUAGUGCUGGAUGUUCUGCAGAAGGCAUCUUUGAUCUGUUUCCUGAUUACAGACCACAUUGGUAUGCUGAAGCAGUGGAAGAUCCUCUCGGGUGGCAAGAGGGCAGGCACUGGCACUAUCCAAUUAGGAUUGAAGAUUUUCACCUUCUGCAAUUUCAUGGGGGUUCUGUACCAGCUCAAAAAGAUCAGGGACAUUGGCCUGAAGGAAGAAAAACGAGACCAGCUUGCGAAGAGUUGGGAAGCAGCAGUGAAACAUGCGCUUCUGAUGAUUCAGACUUCUCAUUUGUCCCUGCUCUACCAGACACAUGAUGCCUUUGUCGGGGUUUGUGGCAUCAUAACAAGCAGUAUAGACUGCUACUCUCAGAUCCCAUUCAAACCCAAGGCUGUGGCUGAUAAGGACAAGGAUUCCAAGGAUGCGAAACCUCCGAGCAAGUGAGGAGGCUGCACCCCGGCCCCGCCAUCGUCCUCAAUGGAGUUAUGACCGGCGACAGGGUGCUCUGAGAUGUUUUCACUUGACCCAAGGGCCUGUAAUUUCAAGAGCUAUGUCAACACUCUGCAGAGGGCCAGUGGCUGCGGAUGUUGGCACGGCCAGCUUCAUAGCAUGUCAGCAUGGUGCCUACUCAAAUCUCC